AAUAUAGCUGAGGUUACGUAACUCUAGUUUCGCUUGCUAAGGGCACGUGGUCUGGUCAAAGGUGAACGCCAAAUGUAGAAAGUAAACAUCACGAACAGGUGUACGUGUGUAUCAGACGUUCAAAGUUGAUCAAAAUGGCAUCCGCUUUGCUGAAGGAGAUCAGUGACGACUUCCUGACGUGUCAGAUCUGUCUGGAGACCUUCAGGAGGCCGAAGAUUCUCGACUGCGUGCACUCCUUCUGCGAGGAGUGUCUGAAGGAGUACGUGAAACCAGGUGAGACGGAAGUGAAGUGCCCCACCUGCCAGCGCGGCACGGCACUGAAACAAGAUGGCGGCGUCUCCGGACUCAAGGACAACUUCUUCAUUCUGAACCUGGUGGAGACAAUCGGGGCUCGGAAGAAGGUUCAGCACUCCGUGGAUAAGAUACCGUGUGACAGCUGUGGCGGCACGGAAGCCGUCGUAUCCAGGUGUUUGACGUGUAACGACUUUCUCUGCGAAUCGUGCGUGGCUAUUCAUCAGACACUCCGAGCGUUCAAAGGUCACCUUGUCGUGUCUCUCGACGAAUUGCGGACAGGACGAUACGACGGACAAACGGAGAAGCACGAGCCGACUUGUGACGCCCACGCCGGCGAGAAGAUGCGGUUCUACUGUAAGACAGACGGCGUGCCGGUCUGCCGGGAUUGCAUCGUCCUGGACCACCCUAAACCCGGGCACAACGUUGUGAAUCUCGCAGACAUUACGAACGAACUGAGAUCCUCCUGCCAGUAUAUGGUCACAGAACUACAACAGGCUUUGGGAAGCACAGAGGACGCAGUAAAGACAGUGGACAAAUCCAUCGAGGACAUUCAAGCUAAAGGUAAAAAAGCCGAACAGCUUGUAGAUGAGCAAGUCAGCCAUCUUGUCACGUUUAUCAAGAAACUCGGGGAGCAAUGCAAGGAAAAGGUUGAGGCUACGUGCAGGCAGGAGGAGAAGCAGCAGUAUGCAGAGAAAGAGAGGCUUGAGUUGAAGAAGGUGCGACUGUCCAGCACGCAGGAGUUACUCCAGACUCUCCUGUCCCGCGGCACAGAUAUUGAGGUGGCGAGUGCAUUCAGCCAAAUCAGGCAGUGCAGAGAUGAACUUUGCACAGGUCAAGGGAGCAGCGUAAAUCAAGUACAGUCUAAAACAACAACAGAAGCAGGAGGAAGUCGCGCUCUACUUGAGGACACGGAAGGAUGGAAUACGCUACUUGCCAUCCAAGGCACAGCCACGCGGGCAUCCAAAGUUCCCAGCACUGCGCCCGGUAAUGUCGCCGACAUCACGUCAGGUCGAGGUGUGACUGGGACAGCAGCCAUCCGCCUCCAGCCAUCAGGCGCGACUGGAGGCGGAGCGAUGGAGGGGAAAGGGCUCGCUGUCGCUAAAGGAGACACCACACAGAGCCGCCUACAAGUUGCUCAGCCACGAAGUCGGCGUAGCAAAGCGGUGUCCUCAGCAGCACGGCGUAAGACACCCACAGGCCAGGGAGGAACAGGAGAAAGUUUGACAUCAGAUGGAGGUGAUGCCACACGCGAUUGUUCCAUUUGCAUGUCAUACAUUACUGACCCAAAGUCCCUCCCGUGUAAACACACGUUUUGUAGAAAGUGCAUAGAUACAGCGUUGUCCUACAAGUCCCAGUGUCCCAUUUGUGGCACCAUUGUUGGAGAACUGAAAGGAAACCAGCCCCAAGGAAGCAUGACGUGGGCGAUCCACCUUGGAACAAGGCUUCCCGGGUACGAGAACUGUGAAGCCAUCGUCAUCAGCUACUACUUCCCGAAUGGAAUACAAGGGCCUGAACAUCCAAAUCCCGGUCGUUCCUACAAAGGCACCUCCAGAAAUGCCUAUCUCCCUCACAACGACGAGGGACGAGAGCUGGUCCAGCUCCUGAAACGGGCCUUUGACAAUCGCCUGGUCUUCACCAUUGGAACCUCCGUCACUACUGGCGCUACAGACACGGUGAUCUGGAACGGCAUUCCGCACAAAACAAACACCCACGGAGGAGCCUCUGGCUAUGGCUAUCCAGACCCAGGAUACCUGGCAAGGCUUCGUCAAGAGUUAGCAGCAAAGGGGAUCAAAUGAGGUACUCUACAGGACCAUAUCUCUGGGCGACUUUUAUUAACAUGAGUCGAGACGACUUUUCUACAACCUGAAUUUGUUUUCACGUUAGCUGUAUAUACACGAUAUAGAGAAAUUGAAAUGAAUA